AUGCAGUUGGGACUCUCGGAGGGCUUGUCAUCUCUGGUGACGAGACGAUUUGUAGCCGCCAAAGACGCUGGCCACUUGAUCUUCUCCUCGACGCAUCGUGCGACUGUUUACGCUUCAGGCCUCCCGUAUCAACUCCGUUACUGCCCAGCUCUUGCAAAGAAGCCUUCAGGCGUUGCCAAAGCGGACAAAGGUCCCAGCCGACCGAAACCCGAUCCUUUCCAAGACCCGUCGCCCGACCUUUUGAUCGCUCAGAUUCCCCGUGAGAACCCGUCGCACAUCCUGGUCUUGAAUAAAUUCCCCGUAAUUCCGGAUCAUUUUAUCCUUGCAACGAAAGCUUGGGAAUCGCAGACGGACCUCCUUGACAAGGAAGAUCUAGCGGCCGCAUAUUCAUGUAUCAAAGCAUGGGAAGAGGGAGAUCAGCCAGACGGCACCGGGAGCAAGAAGCUCUUUGCGUUCUUUAAUUCUGGGGAAGAUAGUGGCGCAAGUCAACCUCACCGGCACUUGCAGUUUCUUCCUGUCGAGGCCAUGUCACAGGGCGACUCGGGGGACUGGCAGCCCUUGAUCGAUACCGUCUCCUCGCAGCCGAGAUCCAGCGGAUCUGAAUACCAACAGCUGGUCCAGGUGCCUUUCGCGCAUUUUGCUCUUCCUUUGCCCCCAAACCCGUCGGAUGAGACCCUCCACAAGAUAUAUCUGUCUUUGUAUAGAGUGGCAGUAGUAACGGCAAAGGGGGGUGUGAGCGAUGGUGCUCAAGAGGUCACUGGCCCUGCCGUUAUCAGUUACAAUCUUGCCAUGACUAAUUCAACGAUGAUGAUCUGCCCGAGGCGAAGUGAGAGCGCUCGGAUCCCUGUUGGCUCGGGGGCAACUGCAGAUGUUGCUGAGGCUGGCGUUGUCGCACUCAACGGUACAGUCUUGGCUGGCACCCUGAUGGUCAAGGCUGAAGCCGAAUGGGAUGAGUUGCGCCGCAACCCGGCAUCACUAGGGAAUGUUCUUGCAGCUAUCGGAUACCCUCAACCGGACUCGCGGGAAACGUCCCUGUUAUAG